AUGCCGACGGCCCUUCGCGCCGUGGCGGUCCUCGCCGCCAUGCUGUCCGCCUCGGCGACCGCCCUGCCCUCCGGGCCGCUGUCGGCGCACAUCGCCGGGCCCCGCGGCCUCGCCUCCGGGACCGCGGGGAGCGUCCAGCACGCCGCCAAGGCCGCCGAGGACGCCGUCGUCGACGCCGAGCUCAGCAUCCCCACCGACUUCUGGAUGGGCGCCGGGUCCGCGUCGUACCAGAUCGAGGGCGCGUGGAACGUCGACGGAAAGGGGAUGAGCACGACGGACCACGCGUACGGCAACAGAUCGGACGGCGGCGGGAACGAGGCCUGCGACUCGUACCACCACUACAAGGAGGACGUGGCCCUGCUCAAGCUCAUGGGGGCCACCCACUACCGCUUCUCCAUCGCAUGGGCCCGCCUGCUGCCGACGGGGGAGCCCGACAACGUGAACCCGCUGGGCGUUCGAUACUACAACAACCUCAUCAACGAGCUACUCGACAACGGCAUCCAGCCUGUGGUGACGCUGUGGCACGUGGAUCUGCCCUUCUCGCUCUACGAGGCCUUCGGCGGCUGGAACGACGAGCGGAUCGUCGGCUACUUCCUCUCGUUCGCCGUCACCGCCUUCCGACUCUUCGGCGACCGGGUUCGGACCUGGACCACGGUGAACGAGCCCCACAUGUUCUGCCGGUACGGGGCGGGCCACUCCCGCAUGGGGUCGCCGCCGGCGGUGCCCGGCCACAGCGAGUACCUCUGCGGCCACCACGUGCUGCUGGCCCACGCCAAGGCCUACCGCGCCUACAAGAGGGACUUCGCCAGCCAGGGAGGCAGGAUCGGCAUGUCCUUGGACAACUACUUCACGCGGCCCUGCACCAACGCCUACGAGGACGUGGAGGCCGCCGAGCGCCACCAGGAGUUCGAGGUGGGCUGGUUCCUGGAGCCCAUCCUGGGCAGCGGCGACUACCCGCCCGUCAUGAGGAGGAGGGUGGGCUCCAGGCUGCCCACCUUCACUGCCGCGCAGAAGGCCGAGCUGCAGGGCUCCUUGGACUUCAUCGGCCUCAACUCGUACUACGGCUGGACCGCGUGCAACGGCGCGCCCAGCAACGCCAGGAACCCCUCCUUCGAGAUGGACCAGGACCUCGACAUCCCCGAGGCCUCGGACAUCAACAACCCGCCGGGGGACUUCCAGUGGACGCCCUGGAGCAUCCGCUCCACGCUGAUGUGGGUCCGGGACCGCUACGACCCGGACAACACCAUCCCGUUCGUCAUCACCGAGAACGGUCUCGGCAUGGCGGAGGGCGCGGAGGACGACAACAAGCGCAAGGCCUACUUCAGCGCCUGGUUGCAACAGCUGAUGCAUGCCCGGUACCACGACCAGGUGAACGUCAUCGGCUACUUCGUGUGGUCGCUGCUGGACGACUUCGAAUGGGCAGCUGGAUACACAGUUAAGAUCGGCCUCGUGCACGUGGACUUCAACUCGCCCAACCGGACGCGCACACCCAAGGAAUCUUUGUACUUCAUGAAGGACAUCAUCGCCUCCCGAAGAGUCACCAAAUACGAAGUGCCAUCAUCAUCACCCAUCUCAUUUCCCAACAUCGUCACCCUCUGUUUCAUGAUCAUCUUGUCUCGUUGUUUAGUUUAAGUAACUUAUUAUAUUUGUUUAUUUAUUUGUGAAGUCUAAAAACGUCCCCGUCUGUGGGGUUGGUGGGAAAUACUCCGUGACUGCAGCGCCCGCUUUCGUGACAGUGGCGCCACCUCUCGAGCAGGCGGAGAAACGCGGCCACGGGGUAUUCCCAGCUCCUAGCGACCCUCCUAGAUAUUCCCUGUGAUUCCCUGUCCCUGACCAUGCGGCAGGAAGAGGAGGCCUGCCUAUUUUUCGCACCACCAGUGAAUAAUUGUCUCAGCCAAACUACAAAUAUUCAACCUAACAAUAUUGGUUCACAUUUCCAAAUGAAUUUGACUUAUCAAAAUACUUUUCUUAUGUAAAACAUCAGUUUUUGAAAGAAUUUGCUUUGCUCAGCAUCACUUGUAGGCCAUUGUAUGAGGGACUGUGUUUGUAAAUAAAUUGAGCGCCAUCGCUUACAGAAAAAAAGGGUUGUAUUGGUAUUGAGACAAAAUAUGUUGACAAACAAAAUAAAAUUACAGGUCUGGGUCCAGCCUCACUU